AUGGCUCUCAAGUUCGUCACGCUUGAUGUUUUCACUUCUCAGCCAUACAAGGGGAAUCCCUUGGGCGUUGUCUUUCUGGAUACCUCGGUCCCAGUGAACCAGAGCCAGAAACUAGCCAUCACGCAGGAGUUCAACCUCUCGGAAACUAUCUUCGUGCACCCGGUCAAUAGCGCCGAAAAGCAUAAGCGCACCAUUGACAUCUUUACGACCAUCUGCGAGAUCCCCUUCGCAGGCCACCCGACCAUCGGCGCAGCUUCGUGGUUCCUGUGUCACGCUGAGGGCGGGGUGACCACCCUAACAACCAAGUCCGGCGACAUCCCGAUUUCCCUCUCGGAUGCUACAGGCCAAGCCGUGUCUGCACAAAUUGCACACAACACGCACAUCCAUGCGUCCCGACUCAAGCUGAACGACCUGCUGCGCCUGCACCCGACUGUGGCGCCGUUCUUCCCUAAUCCCGAGACCACGUUCCCGGUCUUCUCCAUCGUAAACGGCAUGAGCCAGUUCUUUAUCGAACUACCUUCUUUGGCAGCUUUGUCCGUUGUGACAUCCGCUACGGGAGGCGAGCUGUUCGACUCCUCGGAGCAUGGGAACUACCUGGACGCCGGGUGGACGUCUGGUCUUAUCUGUGUGUACUUUUUUGUUCGUGAUGUCGAGGACGAUGUUACCAAGCAAAAGGUCAUACGUACUCGCAUGAUGCUGGGGAGUCUGGAGGAUUCGGCGACGGGUAGCUCGGCGAGUGGUCUCGCAGCGUACUUGACCCUUACGGAGGGCCAGGCGGGCCAGAAGUAUAAGUAUCACUGUGUGCAGGGGGUGGAGAUGGGACGGCGCAGUGAUAUUGGGGUUGAUGUGACGCUGAAUAGUGAGAGGCGGAUUGCAGAGGUCGUGCUCAAGGGGACUGCGGUCAGGGUGUCGGAGGGUACUAUUACGGUGCCUGAAGCGUGA